GUGCAGCAGAAAACAAUUUCUCUCCCACACGCGCAGGGAGAAAGAUCGCUCACUCUCUCUCCUGCAGUGGAGUGCUGCUGGUGCCUCUGGAUUCUCUAUUUCCUCUCCUCCUCUGGAGGAACGGGCCUAAGAAUCUGCUAGAUUGUCCACGUCAAGUCAGACACCAUGUGAGCACCGGUCCUUGUCAACAUCAGUGAGGCAGAAUGCCGCUUCUGCGUGGGACCCUUGCAGUUGUUGCCCUCCUGUGUCUCUCUGGCACUGCAAAUGGAUUUUUCAGCGGGAUUUGGCCGAAACCAACCCCCCAGGGACAAGCAAAAGGAUGGAACAUACCCUUCGUUGGAAAAUUCCCAUCACUUGGUUUGGGAUCAUGGAGCUUUUUCGGUAGGCAAACGGGUUUAUUAGAGGGGUCUACCAGCCCCAGAUAUCCGGUAACCACAACCACCACUGAAAGAGUUCAAAGCAACAUUGUUCAGUUCAGCACCCCGCUGACCUUAAAAUCAGCACAACUGGCGACAAAUGAACCACUCAGGAACACACAGGGACUAAAAAGACCUACAUCUAUUUCUAACUAUGAUCUUGAUCUCUGGCCCCCCAACAAUGCCCCGAGCACAGAGAAGACACCACAAACAUCAUCUCUGCUGAUAACUCAACCCCAAACAUCAACUGCUCAGAUGAGCACAUCGAGAUUUACUGCAGACACAAGGAACAUUUACAGUCACCAAACCAUAACUACAGAAACUCCACCAACAACAGCAGAACACAAAUUACUGACAACUUCAUUUCAGACAACACCUUUAAUAACAUCAGCAAACCCAAAGCCAGAGCUAUCUACUGAACCUCUGACCACCACCAGCCCUGAACAAAACAUACUGGGGACAAAACUAAUUACCAGAGAGCCAAACUGGACACAAUUUAAGCCCACUGACAAAGCUCUAGAUGGAUUUAAAUUGGCAGAACAAACCACGGGCCCAAGAGAAGAGGAGAAAUUCCAAAGCAUUGGACCAGAAUUGUCUUCCACCCUGCCAACAGGAGGCCUUGCACGGGAGGAAGGAGAUUCGGGAAUGCGGAAGAGUGCUGAUCUGGCAACCCAGGAGCCACUUGAGCAGACAACAUCAUCUAGCACAACAACCCGCAGGAACACAGAAAUGCCCACCACGCCAUCUGAGGACUGGCUGACAGAUUUCUCCCAAGAAUCUGCACUGCCAGACUGCAAUGCAGAACGUUCCGGAAUAUGCAGUUCAAGUGACACAUGGCCCACCACUCUACCGAGCAGAAAUGACAGCACACUCUCACCCUCCACCAACAACUCUCAGAAUCCCAUCCUGCUUCCGAUGCCACCUAUGCUUGUGGCACUGCAUUCUGACUGGAACAGUGCCCUGGCAACGUGGGGUUCAGCGUGGGAAGCGCACAUUUACGGACUGGGCACUGUAUUCUGUUUAGUCGCCUUGGCCUCCACCCUAAACCUCCUCUGUUUGCCCCUACAAUAUCCAUCAGGCUGUGGCUACUUCGCUUUAGUCAGUCUCUCCCUAGUGGCUGCUGGCUGCUCUAGGGCAUUCGCCCUGAUCUAUGACGCAUACGGAUACCAGGACCGCAUGGCAUCUACCGAAGCUUCACUGUUACUUUAUGAAGCACCAUAUCCCUGCAUGACUGCAGCAUUUGGUCUGGUGUUCCUGCUCCUGUCAAUGCGAUCCCGCAUGCAGCUGUCUUACUCAGCCUUUCAAAGACCCUGCAUCCUGGCCUGCUUAGUGCUGCUGCACUUCGCUGCUGCAUUUGGCCCUGUUGCACUGCUACACAAUGACCAGCAGGGGGCGCUCUACCUAUUUUUGUCCUUGAUCUCCAGAGGCGCCUUCGUGGCUCUGGCGACUUUCCUAUCAGUUGCAUAUUUUGUGUUUUAUUGCUAUGUCCGUGCCGACUCCAAGCAUAUUUAUCAUCUGAACAACACGUCGCCAACGCCAGCUGAGCGGUUUAACCGUUGCCCAUUUGCAGAAAGCAGAGAUUGGGACCGGGCAGCAGGCGCGGUGCUGCUAUCCGCAGUCUUCUCUCUCGCUUGUGCAGGGUUGCAGCUCUACGCCAUGCUGCACGCCCUUGGCCUUGCGGGAAGAGCUGAAGCCUUUCGACCGUGGCCAUGGUGGACUUUUCAGUUCAGCUGUCGAGUGUGUGAAGCUGUGGUCUGCCUCACACUGGUGCUUGUAGUUGCUCAGCCAGUUUACUGUUCAGACCACCUUCCCCAGCCAGGCGGAUGCUGGACAGGACUUCUUGCAGCAAAGUCCCCCAUCUUUCCCGGGAGCUAUCAGUGGACUCUAUCCCAGCAGGAGAAGCUGGCCAUCUGUGAUCCAAUCGCGCAUGGAGAAACAGAGUGCCUACCCUUGUACACACUUGUGGAUGAACGUCUGGGGAGCUUAAAUGGCAUUGAUCUUUUAUAUCAUAGUAACCGAGCUUUGGCCUAUCGUGACCUUGACCUAGACUUGCCCAACAAUCAGCCUAACACCGGCGCCCCCUCCGGAGGGUCCUCCUGCACCAGCGACUCCACGGCAGAUCUGCGCCCUCCAUCGCCAAUAAAUCUGCGCCGAAGCAUCGAUGAAGCACUGUUCAGCGAGUCUCUAUUUCCUAUGAGUCUUUUCAGUCCCCUGCGGCCCUUCGCCACUAGCGACCGUUCACUGGAUGGUAGGGAGACCAACUCCACACUCAGAGACACUCUGACGCCAGAUCCAGGCCUAUACAGAACAUCUUCCUGUGUGGAGGUCCUACCCCUGGGCCCUCUCCCUUCUCAAGCCCAACAAGGUGGUCCUUCGUUAGGCUUUCCUCCAUCCCCAUCUCCCUCCCUGUCAUCCUCCACUUGCUGCUCAUCGUCAGAACGCUGGUUAGGCAGCUCCAGUACCUCGUCCAUCUACAGGCAGUCGCUGGCUGGUUCCUCUCUGGUUUUGUGCUCUAGUCCAGAGAGAUAUCGCCAUGCUCCACCCUCUACUCUGAGUGGUAGUUCAAAUUGCACUACCACUUUUCUCCAUCAAGAGGGCGGUAUACAGAGACCCUACAGAACAUUAAACUCACAAGAGAGUCUGGACCAGCAGUCAGAGUUUGACCAGUCUGUCCAAGAAGAGUUUAUCAGUGUGUGCAGACAGAUUGAUUCUCUCAGCAUCUGCAGUGAGACUAUUGACCUAUAGGUAGACUACUUCCACACAAAGAAUGAUGGACGCACAGGCAAACUAUGUCAUUUGACAGGCACGGUGCCAAAACAGAUUUGCUCUGUAUUUAAUGUAGACGGGCAAAUGUUUUGUAGACUAGAACUGUGCCAAAUGUUACGUUUUAUACGAGUGUGGGUUGAAUGUCUCGGAGGUAAGUCACCCAAAGAGAUAGAUAAAGUCUUUUUUUCUUGGAAAGGAUUAAGUGCCACCGACUGUCAGAAUCCGAGGCAGGUUUUGUACAAAACUUCUCAAUACUUAUUGGUAAACAAAUUUGUAAUCGUGAAGCAUUUGAUGUUUUGACAUUUAUAUAAUGCUAACAGUGACGUUUAUAUAGGCAUUUGUACAAAAUCCCUUUGUUGUCUAUAUGAUUAUUAAUGUGAGAGUGAGAACUACUGAUAACCAUACUGUUAAACCUAUUCUUACAAUUAUAUAUUAUAACAAUAUCCUGCCAACGCAAGUUGAAAAUCAACUUGUGCUUUUGGGUUUCCUGUGAGUUGAAAGAAUAUGCAAUAUAAAUGUUGAAUAGGCAAAUCGAUUUAAUCAGUUUAUUCAAAGGGAGAAAAUCAAAAGGGCCGAUGUAGUGCCAUCUACUGGUAAUGUAAAAAACGGACACCUAGCACUUCAAGAAUGGAGCUUUAGCCUGCCAUUACAUUUAUCUUAAUGUAUUAUUAAUAAGUACAAUUAAUAAUUUAUUUAAGUCUUGCACCACGUUUCAACUACUCAAUACACUGUUAACAAUCCAUUUUAAAAAUCAAGAUAAAGAAGACUUUGUACAUUUUGUAGCGUGCAU